AUGCAUCUUGAUUUUCUGCCCUAUCAUUUUCUACUCGUCAGUGCAGGUGAACGCGGAGAGAUCGCCUGGCGAGAUAUCUCAUAUGGCGAGCAGGUUGCCGAGCACAGGUGUAUGCGGCAGAACCCCACAAAUGCUGUGAUGCAUCUUGGGCACAACAAGGGGGUGGUGACAUUGUGGACGCCGACCGUCAAGGAGCCCGUCGUCAAGAUGGCGUGCCAUAAUGCGAAGGUGAACGCCAUUGCUGUCGCUGGCAACUACAUGGUCACAGCAGGAGCAGAGUCGAAGUGGAAGGUGUGGGACCUCCGGACGUAUGCAGAACUGCACUGCUACAGGACUCGUGGUCAUGCUGUCAGCAGCAUAGAUGUGUCCAUGACGGGUCUGGUGGCAACCGGUGCUGGAUGUCGCUUUGAGGUUUGGAAGGAUGCAACAUCGGCGAGGCAGCCGAGGCCAUACAUCACCGAAGAGUACAAAGGGCGGAUGAUCGAAUGCGUGCGUUUCAGGCCAUUCGAGGAUGUUUGUUGCGUCGGACAUUCCGAUGGCUUUGGAAGUCUGAUUGUACCGGGUGCGGGCAAAGCCAAUUUCGAUUCCUUCGAGGCGAACCCUUACGAAACCAAGUCUCAGCGACGAGAGCGAGAGGUAAACUCAUUGCUGGAUAAACUGCAGCCGGAUUCUAUCAUGAUCAACCCGGACAAAAUCGGUGAGCUCAACCAGGGCGUGGUCAAGGCUUGGAAAGAGGAGUCGGCGAAGAAAGAAGCUGCAGAAGCCGCCGAUGCUGACAAAAGCAAAAAGCAAGCCAAAAAGGCACGAGGAAAGAACAAGGUGGGCAAUCGAAUGAAGAGAAAAGCGCUGAAGCAAGUUGCAGAACAGAGGCAAAAGGCCCGGGAUCGCACGCAGAAUGGUGAGGGAGGCUCUGGCGGCGAAACAGAUGAAGAGGAUGACAGCGAGGGUGAAGCUGAGGAUGGUGGAGGUGCUGCCCCAAGCAAGCCAGAGUCUGGCAAAGCAGCACCUCCGGGUGUCGGUGCAGCGUUGUCGCGAUUCUACGGCAAGCGUAACACAAACGUUAAUCGCGAUCCGAGCCGCGUGAUCAGACCGCCCCUUUCGCAACACACGCUGGUAGCGCUGCUGACGAUAGAGCGUCGGUUGGCAGAACGGAUCAUUCAUGGUGGCCAGUGGCCAAUGCCGAACAUCGAGGUUAUCGUUGCUGACAGCGCGACUCGACAUCUUCUGCAAGGUGUUGAGGUUGAGGCUGGGGGCGGAGAAGCCCUUGGUGCAGCAUGUCUUCCAGUUCCAGAACCGACAAAUGCAGAAGACUCGGACGGCGACGGCGAAAUCUCCGAUCCUGAAGCUGGCAGUGAAGACUCACUGAAAAGUGACGAUCAGAUGGACGAGGAGGUGGAGGACAUGGAUGCUUUCGAAGAUCCAGAUGACGUUGAUCAGGAAGAGGUUGGUGUAAAGGAUGAGAUACUUCUUCUUGCUGGUGUGGAUCUUGAGACGGAACCUGGGCCAGAAGGCGAACAGGUCGGCACGGUCGAAGCCACUCCGAGUGUCACAGCCGCACCUGUCGAUGGCCCGGAUGUGCAUGACGAAGCAGCCUCACCACUCCAGUGCUUUUUCCAAGACACUUAUCCAGACCAGAAUCUGCCCCCGAAGACCGGAAUUGCAAUUCCGAUGAUGGCUGCCACGCCUACAUUUAUCAGAGCGGUGCCCGAAGAGGCAGAGCUGUUGUACAUCGCCCCCGAGAGCCUUUUCGACGACAUCGUCAAGUCUGAGGCUGACAGGAUUUCUCGCCCGGAGAAUGUGCGGAAUCGUAUCGUUUACGACAGUGUGGGUGACCCGAACCACAUCGAGCCGAGUUCCUUCGUGCCAGCAGUCUCCCCUCCAGGCCCGCUUAUGCAGGAUCUGUUGGGGCCGGGCCAUGUCUCGGCGCCGGCAUUGAGCUUCGUCACGCCGUACUACACGCCCAUAGGACCCGAUGACCGCACAUUGGUCUUCGAGAGCCGCUUUGAAAGCGGCAACCUGCGCCGCGCCGUGCAGGCCUAUGAGUUUGAGUACGACCUAAUUCUGAAUCCAGACUACAACACCAAGUCGCACACGCAAUGGUAUUUCUUUCGCGUUGGAAAUACGCGCAGAGGGCCCGAGUACAAGUUCAACAUUCUCAACAUGGUCAAGCCAACAUCAGUUUACAACGAGGGUAUGCGACCGCUUCACUAUUCCUCCAUUGAUGCAGCUACCAAGGGCAUUGGAUGGGCUCGCUGCGGUGACAGGAUUGCAUACUAUCAAAAUGGACUGCGCCGACAGAAAGGUGCCAACUACUACACUCUUACAUUUACAGUGACCUUCGAGCACGACUGCGAUGAAGUGUACUUCUCUCACUGUUAUCCGUAUACAUACACCGACCUUCAACUUGACCUGAGGGCGCUGGAGAAGGAUCCGAACAUGGUGCGACGGUUUCGGCGCAGGAAGUUGUGCGACACUCUCGCGGGCAAUGCCUGCGAUUUGAUAACGAUCACCUCUUUCUGCGGAGAUCCAGCAGCACUGAAGGCUAGGCGGGCUGUGGUCAUUACCGCCCGUGUACAUCCCGGAGAAUCGAACGCUUCCUGGGUCAUGAAAGGCAUCCUCGACUACCUAACUGGGGCAUCUGUGGAUGCAAGAAUUCUGCGAGACAAUUUUGUCUUCAAGAUUGUCCCUAUGCUGAACCCGGAUGGUGUGAUAGUAGGCAACUACCGGUGCUCUUUGGCCGGUCAGGACCUGAACCGUUUGUGGGACGAGCCAAGCCGCAAAAUGCAUCCCACAAUCUUCUUUACGAAAAGCAUGUUUCGCCAUCUGCUUGAUGAUCGAGAUGUAAUUCUGUACGUAGACAUCCACGGACACAGCCGUAAGAAGAAUGUCUUCAUGUACGGAAACAGCGAGAACAAUGGGCUACGGGAGAAGAUAUUCCCCGGUCUGCUUUGCCGGAGCUCAGACUGUUUCAGCUUCGAUGACUGCUGCUUCAAGAUCCAGAAGAGUAAGGAGUCCACUGCUCGAGUUGUUGCUUACCGAGAGCUGGGAGUGGUGAAUUCCUACACUCUGGAAGCGUCUUUCUGUGGUGCGGACUUCGGCCCGCUGGGUGAGCAGCACUUCACAACCCGGCAUUUGGAGGAGAUGGGUUACAUGCUCUGCGAUGCAAUUCUGGAUUUCUGUGACCCAGACCAAGGAAAAGUUAUGCUGGUUUGCAAGGAGCUGCAGGUUCUGUUCCCAGAUGACGGUAAUUCCGACGAUGUUUCUGAUUCUGAAGACGAUGGGGCCGCUGCCCUGCGUCGCAAGAAGCGGGCAGCACGCAAGGCCGUAAAGCAACGGGAGAAGCCCCAAAAGAAGAAGAAACCAGCCAGAGGCGAUGGACGCGCCAAAAUUGACUCGGAGGAUGUCAACAUGGACGACGAGAGACGUCAAAAGGACACGAAGGACAAAUCCGCCCGCAAUUUGAUGCGCAAAGCAUCUCGCCGUGAUCCGGUUGAGGACUCUACUGCUGCAGGCUCUAACAUUGCACCAGAGAUGUCAGAUGCCGAAGAUCCUAAGGGCAAGCGCAAGAAGCCAAAAAAGAAAGCGGCCAAAAGUCGACCUGCCAUGACUUCACGGGACAAAGAUCCCAAGGAAGCCAAGACACCCAAAGAUCGAAGAGAUCAGGCGGAAGCGAGUGCCCCUCAGGACGAUCCGCUCGAGUUGGCUGACGGCAGCAGAGGGUCUCGGCAGGAAGACGCUACCGAAGGACCACCAAGAGUCCAAGAAGUUCCGGUGUCACCACUGGAGGUCCAUUUUUCUCAGCACGUGAUCUACCCGUUAUUCUCGGAUGGCCGCUCAGUGGAUGAUGCAGUCAGGGAAAUUGAGGCAGUCCAGUCUGAAGCUGAUGAGGAUGUUUGGUUGGAAACACCGUUUCCUUGCAUUCAGGCGGUCCGCUGGUGCCCAAAGUUGCGGGAUGGUGAAGGAAAGCCUGUCCUCGAUGAGAAGGGUGAAGAGCGACGGGGAGUUGAGGGCCUCUUCACGCUGGACAACCGACGCCUCUAUGCGCUGCAGCGAGCGGCCGUCGCCCAGUAUCCCAGGACUUGCAAGAUCACUGUGGAAGAGAUCACAAAUCGCUGGGAGGUUGCACAGCAUGUGAAAAAGUUCCGGACACGCACCAACGGGCUGUCCAUUUUCAUUGCAGAGUGGAACGGUACUGGCCGGAACAACACCAGGAAUUCUGAAGUCCUCCGCGUAUGGGACUGGAGGUCUGCCAUCUCCAAGGCGGAGGAAAGUGGUACUGCGGCAGAGGCAGGCAGUUGCGGCUGCUGGGAGUAUUUGGACCCCAAGUCGAUUUGCCGCGGGCCAUUCAGCAACUGGCAGAUGCAGCAGUGGUGGGAGCACCAGAUGCUUCCGCCAGAUCUGGAAAUUCGACCCUUUCUGCGAAAGGAUGGCGAUGAAGGUCACCAGCAGCCGUUCAGGCCGGUGACGGAGGUUUUUGCGGAUGCACCGAAGCCCUUCGCACCAGGCUGGGUGCCACUGACAGUGGCGGAAGACGGCGGAUUCCAGACGUGCGCAGAGUGCGGUCGGCAACGGCUGGAAGGUUGGAGCGCACGGGGCAAAUGGUACUGUUCGAACUGCUGGCGGAAGUUGCCCGGGACGGCCAAGAGCAAUGAGAAGGAGGAGGAGGAGGAGGUUGCCGGCCACGUUUUGGAUGACAAGUGCCGGCAGAUGGCAGACGAGUUGCUGUUCGUGGCGGUCGUGGCAAAGCGGCGGAUGACAGAAUGCCAUGACCUGCUGGAAGGAUGGCUGCGCAAGAAAAGCCACCACAUUGGACUGUGGAAGUGGCGAUUUUUCCGCUUUGACGGGCGAAUCCUUCGCUAUUGGAAGAGGCGGCGUUUAGCCGACCAGAGCCAAAAUCCACGUGCGGAGAUUAGCUUGUCCGGAUGUCACGUGGCGGCAGCAUAUGGCUGUCGGUUUAUCAUCAAGGCGCCACUAGCUGCUUACGACGAGGAGCUUGAAGCAGACAGUUUGGAACAGAGAGACAUCUGGAUUUGCAGUUUAAAUGCAGCGGCACUACAACAGCGAUUGCUUGCAACCAGCAGUGCUCAGGUCAGUGCCGAGCGCUUCCUGCAAGCCAAAGGAGUAUGGCAGAUGCUGCAAGACUGUGUAAGUGCCUCGGUGCCCAGAGAUGAUGCCGAGGCCGUGUCCGUGGAAUCCAUGUCACUAAGAUACACACGCUUCGGUGGUGCCCUGCUUCACUUUGCUGGAGAAGCUCAGGAGCCACGACAGGGUCGCCUGGUUGUAGCUGGCCGACGAGUGCGAGACAGCUUCUUGGGGAGUCGUCACCCAGAAGCAAACCUGAUUUCCGACACCGUCAGCGGGGCUGGAACGGAGUCUUGGCUCCUUCUGUUGAGUUCCAGGGCGAUUUCGGAGACAGCUGGCGAGUCGCAGCAAGUCCUCGGGGCCGUGGUGCUGGAACCUCCGAGAGACACACCCUUGCAAUUCGAGGCUCUAUACGCCUUCCAUGAUCCGCUGGAUUCGUCGGAGCCUGUAGCCAGCCUCCCACUGCUGUACUGCGAGGUAGGUGAUGUCGCGCAGUGCAAGCACGGAAGUGGUUGGUCUCUCUGCAUCUAUGAGGUAGACGAGGCAUGCAGCCUGCCGAGUGGGGCUUCUUGGCUGAUCACGGUUGAGACUCGUGAGGAAUGUGAGCUCUGGUGUCAAGCUGUAAAGGCUGCUCGAUGGGCUGCUCGGGCACAAGCGAAGGGCAAGAAGCGUGCUGCCGAAGAGGCCCUUGACAGCUUUGACAGGAGCCCCGUUGAGUGGUGUCAGGCUGCCGCCCGGCGGUUGAAGCAGGUGUCGGGAUAUGCACCGCCCCCUCCAACGCUGUCGGCAGCAAGCAGGCUGCGGGCAUGGGCGUCUCCAAGGACGGCCCGCUUGUCCUUGUCCUUGGGUGGUCCAGGUGAAGGCUCCGCCGUGUCUCUAUCGUCGACCACGGUUGCCGGGUCGUGGAUGUCUGGUGCUCCCAGUACCGGUGCUGGAGGGGUGGAUGCCGCAACGGAAGCCACCCGCCGGGUCCUGGCAGCCUGCGAGGACGUUUGCCUGGAAGCCGAAGGCUUACUGGAAGCUGCUUUGGCCAAGCGGCCUUUCCGCCAGGAUGCUGCAGGAGCCGCUCUCCGGUGUGCUUUGGUUCCGGCUGUGGCGACAGUUGGCCGCUGCUGGACGCGCUGGAACGCUGACUUGCCUUUGUCGGAUGCCAGGAACCUCCUCCGAUGGCUGGAGGCGCGACGGCAAGCCGCCUGCAGCCUGGGCGUGGUGUGCGGCCCGCUGCAGACGCCUUUGGCAGGCUUGUCUUCAGAAUUGAGCUUGCGGAUGGGAGCCCACGUUCGGCGUUUAGCCGCACAGCUCCUCGUCUCCGAGCUGGGUGAGCGCCUACGGCACGGCCCCGGCAAUGCACAGCCUCCGAAGAUGUCACGCGCGCCCAGUUUCAACAAAAACUCGACGCCACAGUGCAACGUGAAGGCUAUCACCAGCUGCCUGCCGGUGGAUUUCUUCACCUUUGUGAACUCCUGCUUCCUGGACAAAGAGCCGGGCCAUCCAGGAUGGCGCCUGUGUUCCCUCCGUGUGGCGAAGUUUGUCAUAAAGGAGGUCCAGGAAAGCCUUCGAGGUUGGCUGUGGGCCACACUGCCUGAGGUGAGGUCUCAGCAUCGAGAAACCCUCCUUCGCCGAUGGUUUUGGGGUGUAUCAUCGCUUGCAAAUGCAAUGCCCGUCUUCAAGCAGCACUGUGAGGACAUCGCUGCCCACUGUCGGAUGCAAAUACGCUGCUACGAUACCGAGGUGGAUCUCCAGGAGUUCCAGGAGUCGGAGACCAGGUCGGAGUCGAGUCCGUCGAGUCCUGUUCCACGCGAGUGGCGCUUGGACCGUGAGGAGCAGGACUUCGAAGGUAUCCUGGAGGCCCUCCUGUGGGCAGCUUGCGACGUUGCUUCGACUCGAUGGCGGCGGCAGGUCCUGAGCCCGAACAGCACAGAGCCUCAAGGCUACUCACUCGUGCCCUCCCUGAACCAGUUGCUGAGCCCAAACCUUCAAGUUCUGCGAGAGUGGCUGGACACGAACCUCUUCGAACUACUCCUCUCGAAGAUCUUCCUGGUGUGCAUGGGGACGUACGUGGUGAAGCUCUCCUGCGGAUCCUGGUUGCAGGCCAUUCGCACCCGAGAUGAGCAAAUCCACGCAUUGUCAGAGGAAGCAGUGGCGUUGUGCAGCUACUUCGCGGGCUUGUCGCACAAGCCUCGUGGUGCAUCAGAAGAUGUCGGAUUAUGGGAGCCAGGGCGAGUUCUGAAUGUUCUACAUACGGUCUUACUGUCGCCUGCAGCCAAUGCCAGGUCGCGAAGCCCAGCCCAGCCUCGGCAAGCGGCGCAGCGGAGACCGCCACUUCCGGCAGACUGGAAGAGCCCAUUAGGUUUCGAGGACGGGCUCAGCAAAUUGGUGUCGGUGCUGUCAGACCGCCCCUUGCCUUUGGAGGACGUGCUAACCUGGUUUUCCGACACCGGCCCGCCUGGGGCAAAACCUUUCGAGGAGCUCCCGCAGCCGGUUCCGGCAGGAGCGCUCUACCAAGCUGCCGAGGAAGUCAGGCUUCGGAGUCGCUCCUCUUCAAUGCUAAGCUAUAACGGAUCUCGAGUUGGUGAUUCACGCCGGAUAUCUGUGGAAAGCAUUGACAUGUGCGAAACUCGGUCCACCGGUGGGCUCUCCCUCUUUGGGCAGGCUGGCAGACGGGAUUCAUCGAACUACACCUCGCCGGGAACGUCCUUGUUGAUGACCAGCUCGGAGGCAGCAGCUCAGGCUGUUGCACAGGCAUGUGCCAGCAACAGCCCGGCGAUUGGACUGGCAUCCGAAGGUGCCGUGUGCGACCUUCGGAUAGAGCAGGAUGGUGCCUAUGGCGCCUUCUGUGAAAUAUCUGUAAGCGUCGAGGGACCAUCAGAUGGCCAGUCGGAUGCCAGGAGCCUCGAGCCACGGGAAGGACCAGUAGUGCGUUGGGUGCAGCUCAUGAAGGCGAGUCCGCAAGCGACUCCGCACUUCCAGCUGCUCGAGUGGCAGCCGCAAAGCAUUCAGGAAGCAGUCGCUGCCGCCACGCCCAGCGCAGCCUUGUCAUUGGCAAGGCUUAAAGAG